AAAUGCAGGAGAUGUCUUCCUGUAUGCUGUAAUGUGUGUUGCUCUGAUUUGAUUGAUAAAUAAAAUGUUGAUUGGCCAGUAGCCAGGCAGGAAGUAUAGGAGGGACAAAGAGAGAGAAUUCUGUGAACAGGAGGGCUGAGUGAGGAAACACUUCCAGUCACCACCAUGAGAAGCAAGAUAUGAAGGCAAAACUGGGAAAAGGUACCAAGCCAUGUGGUUAAACAUAAAUAAGAAUUAUGGGUAGGCACCAUGUUGGGCUGCAAAAGUGGCAAAAAGAAGCCCGUGAAACAGCCCAAGAAGCAGGCCAAGGAGAUGGAUGAGGAAGAUAAGGCUUUCAAGCAGAAACAAAAAGAGGAGAAGAAACUCAAGAAACUAAAAGCCAAGGCCACAAGCAAGGGACCCCUGGCCACAGGUGGAAUUAAGAAAUCUGGCAAAAAGUAAGCUGUUCCUCAUAUCUGAGAUGAUGGUGACCCUCUUCCAUCCCUAUUUAAAUAUCUGGAUUCCCUGCCAUAACAUCUUUGCCACCUACAGCUAGAAUGAAGCGUUA